UUGAGGUGAUUUUCUUGUUGCUGAGCUUCAUUCUGCCAUGGGGACAGGCCUGGUUCUUGGACUUCCGUGUCUUGCCACUUGAACAAAGGGCUGCUGCAGUCCUCUCAUCCCUUGGUCUGGGGGCUGGUGAAAGGGAGCCGUUGAUCCAACAGGGGAAUGCAUCCCUCCUCCGGUUUAGCCAGUCUCGUCAUGUUCAUGCCUAUCCCACUGAGUCCAUUGCUACCUUCUACUCACCCAUGGAGUCUCCCGCUGGUUCUGAUGAUGAAGGAGAGAUGCCAUACAAGAAGCAGCGAUAUUCCUCAAAAGGGAAGAUGGGAUUUAGUGCGCAGGAGAGAGAGUGGCGUGAGCAGGGGGACAAGACCUUGGAGUCCGGCUGGGCAGUAAUGAAGAGGAAUGACUGGUGCCUUGAAGACACCUCCAGCAUAGGGGAUACUGUCCAGAGCCUCACCCUUGCGGGUUCUCGCAAGGCUUAUCGCAUCACAGGGUGGAUAAAUGCUUCUCCACGCAAGAUUUGUGAAGAGUUGUUUUACAAUUCAGAGGAGAUCCCCAAGUGGAAUCUCAGUGUCCGGUCAUGCCAUGUUGUGGAGAUAGUGGAUGAGUUCACGGACAUUGGUCACCAUGUAGCAUCAGAUGGGGGGGCAGGACUGAUCAAGACAAGGGACUUCGUGACGUUGCGCCGGUGGGCAGUGAAGGAAGGGUCAUAUGUCAUUGCCUCCUCCUCUGUUUCUCAUCCUCAAAUGCCUCCUCUCCCCAAUUUUGUCAGAGGAGAGAUACUGUUGAGUGUGAUGAGCUUGACAGCAUCUGAAGGUGGGGAACCAGGAGCUGUGUUCUCUUGGGCCUUGGCCACUGACCUCAAAGGCUGGAUCCCAGGGAAACUGUGGGCAAGAUUUCAAACUUUUGAACAAGAAGCAAAGGUUUCUAUUUCUGGCAUUGGAAUCAUUGAGAAAGGCAGAAGAGAAACAGAAAAAUACAUCACCUCUGGCUUGGAUCUCCACUACAUAUCCAUUGCAGCAUUGUGA